AUGGAUUUGACUAAAAUGGGUCUGAUACAGCUCCAGAACCCCAGCCACCCCACAGGGCUCCUGCAGAAAGCCAACCAAAUGCGCCUUGCAGGGACUCUGUGUGAUGUGGUCAUCAUGGUGGACAAUCAGGAAUUCCAUGCUCACAGGACAGUGUUGGCUUGCACUAGUAAAAUGUUUGAAAUCCUGUUCCACCGCAACAGUCAGCAUUAUACCCUGGACUUUCUUUCACCAAAGACUUUUCAGCAGAUAUUGGAAUAUGCUUACACGGCCACCCUCCAGGCUAAAGUUGAAGACUUGGAUGAUCUUCUUUACGCAGCCGAGAUCCUAGAAAUAGAAUAUCUGGAAGAACAGUGUCUGAAGAUCCUGGAGACCAUUCAGGCGUCUGAGGAGAAUGAUACAGAAGUCAACAUGACGGAUGGUGGCACUGAAGAGGAGGAGGAUAGGAAAUCUAGGUACAUCAAAAACCUAUUCAUCUCCAAGCAUUCCAGUGAAGAGAGUAGUUAUGCCAGCAUGGCCAGUCAGAGUUUAACGGGGGCAAUGGUGGAGCAGAGCCCAUCUGUCUCGACUUCGUUUGGACUCUCCGCGAUGAGCCCCACGAAGGCUGCAGUGGAUAGUUUGAUGACCAUCGGGCAGUCAUUAUUGCAAGGGGCUCUACAGCAGAACGCCUCCGAGGACUUGCAUUCCACGAGCAGCCGCCACCCCAGUCUCUCCGAAGUAAAAACAGAAGUGAUGCAAGUGGAGGAGGCGUCUAGCCACGAAAGCCCAAGGACGGCAGAGUCCAGCACUUCUGGAGGGGACAAGUCGGAUGACAAAAGCAAGGAAGGCCCUGGUACUCCCACGCGUAGCAGUGUUAUCACAAGUGCCCGUGAACUUCAUUAUGCCCGGGAUGAGAAUGCAGAGCAGCCCCUCGAGUUGGGCCAAGGAGUGCAAGUCGGACCGGAGCACUCGAUUUCUCAAAGCGAGAAACACCUGAGUAUAUAUUCAGUGCUACCAAAUCACAAAACUGACUCGAUGCUCAGCAUGCCAUCCUCCAUGACAUCGGCUCUUCACAUGCAGCCAGCUCUUGCCGUGUCCAUGGACUUCAGCGCUUACGGGGGGCUUCUGCCUCAAGGCUUUAUUCAAAGGGAGCUGUUCAGUAAGCUGGGUGAAUUGGCAGCUGGCAUGAAAACUGAAAACCGAGCCAUUGGUGAACAGUGCAGUGUUUGUGGCGCAGAACUGCCGGACAACGAGACGGUGGAACAACACAGGAAGCUGCACAGUGGUAUGAAGACUUAUGGAUGUGAGUUGUGUGGGAAACGAUUCUUGGAUAGCUUGCGGCUCCGAAUGCACUUACUGGCUCACUCAGCGGGUGCCAAAGCGUUUGUCUGUGAUCAGUGUGGUGCACAGUUCUCUAAAGAAGAUGCCCUGGAGGCGCACAGACAGACACACACCGGUACUGACAUGGCCGUCUUCUGCCUGCUGUGUGGGAAGCGGUUCCAGACGCAGACUGCCCUGCAGCAGCACAUGGAAGUGCAUGCAGGAGUGCGUAGCUACAUCUGCAGCGAGUGCAACCGCACCUUCCCCAGCCAUACCGCCCUCAAGCGGCACCUGCGCUCACAUACAGGUGACCACCCCUACGAGUGUGAAUUCUGUGGCAGCUGCUUCCGGGAUGAGAGCACGUUGAAAGGCCACAAGCGUAUCCACACUGGAGAGAAACCGUACGAGUGCAACGGCUGCGGCAAGAAAUUCAGCCUCAAGCACCAGCUGGAGACCCACUACAGGGUGCACACAGGUGAAAAGCCUUUUGAAUGCAAGCUGUGUCACCAGAGGUCCCGAGAUUACUCUGCCAUGAUCAAACAUCUCAGGACCCACAACGGCGCUUCCCCCUACCAGUGCACUAUCUGCCUGGAAUACUGCCCCAGCCUGUCUGCCAUGCAGAAACACAUGAAGGGCCACAAGCCAGAGGAGAUCCCCACUGACUGGAGGAUAGAGAAGACCUAUCUCUACCUUUGCUAUGUUUAA